UCAUCUGUGCAUCAUAAAGGCAAAAACUUUAAGAUUUGUGAAGAUAAAAGUAAGAAAUCUUCAAAUAGGUUAAACAACUCACCUUCGUUUUUCUUCGAUUUCUUCUUCUUCGUUGCUUUAACCUGA